CAGAAGACGACUGUGUGCCGUGUUUGGAGCCAUACGGCGCCUUCAAAACAUUCCAAAUUAUCUGCGGUGGAGGAGGAGAUUUGCAAACAGUCGAUUUUAAGUUUUUCUUAUGGGUUCAAACGAGGUGCCAGCAUCGUGGCAUCAAUGGUGUCGCCUGUGCGCGGAGAAACACAGCGCGAUUGAUGUGUUCUUCAAGAACGAGGAUAACUGCGAUGUUGCGAAACUCAUCGAGAGGUUUUUCCAAUUAUCUAUAAAUCCGGAGGACAAGGCGCCGGUCACCAUUUGUGCCACAUGUUACCACUUCCUUCUUUCACUGGCCAAGUUCUCCGAGCGCGUGGUCAAAGUGCAGGCCAUGUACGCUUCCAUUGUUAAUGACGGAAUAAUCCCUCGCGAGCACUCAAGUCUAGAAGUCGAAUUCAAACUGGUUAAAGAUGAACCCUUGGAUAUCAACAUCGAAUAUCUAUACCCAGACACGUACGGAAGCGAUGAUAAUCUAGAGAGAUCUGGAACAAACCAUGGGAAUAAGGAGAACGGAAUUCACACAAAAGUUAAAGAGAAAAAUGACCCUCUAGUUCACCCCUUAAUACCUGCCGACAAUUUUCCCAAAGAGGAGAAUCCAAGCGUCUCAGAAACUUCCACAAAACAUCCCGAAUUGGAUGAGAUAGAAGAUUCCGACAGUGAAGAAGGCACAGACACAGAAGCCAAACCAAAGCUAAAAACAGAAAACCCGAAGAAAAGAGGUCGCAAACGAAAAGAGCCACCUUUUCCCUGUGAUAAAUGCGACAAAGUCUUUUUGCAGAGAAACGCAUUUCGAGCUCACAGAAGUAUCUGCCAAAAGGUGUUCACAUGCCAACACUGCGACAAGAAGUUCCGAUCGCAGAAAGGAGCUCAUGAACACCAAAUGACCCACGUCAAACCGGACCAAAGACCUACAUUCCCAUGCCCGCAUUGUGAUAAGCAUUUCACGCAAGCCAGAAAUAUUCAGACACACAUUCGGGCUGUUCAUUUUGGCGAACGACCGUUCAUCUGCGAAACGUGUGGGAAAGCGUUUGCGGCAAAAGGCGCCCUCCAGAAACACAGCACUGGCCACGUUUCCGAGACGCCUUUCCAAUGUUUACAGUGCUCCAAGAAAUUUAAGACGUUAGUGAGUUUGAAGAGGCACGAGGACAUUCACGACUCGACCAACUACCCCUGCCCAAAGUGUAAUCGAAUUUUGAAUACCAAGCACACGCUUCAAAUGCAUAUGGCCGUUCAUUCGAGCGAGAAGAAGCAUAAAUGCACCGUUUGCAAUAGCGCAUUCAAGCGUGGGUGGCACCUUAAAAAUCAUAUGACCCUGCACAGUGGCGAGCGACCGCACAAAUGUCUGUUUUGUAGUAAAACAUUUGUACACGGCUCGCAUUGCAGGAAUCAUAUGAAGCAAGCCCAUCCCCAGGAAGCCAGUGAGGAAAAGAUGAAAUCGUGAUCGUCGAAGCAGUAAUUAUCAACUCUCCAGCUUUAUUUCUGGCCUCCUCAGUCUGAUUUUUGAUUAAUAUUUGUAAAAAGUAAAGUAAUUCGAUUUGUAAUAUAAAAUGAGAAGCGAAGAUAAUGAUAACAAAGGAUAAAAUGAAAACUCCAUGUCGGAGUUUCAAAAAGUUAUUCAUUA